GGUCUUCCUCAGAGCCUAAGUCUGAGGAACAGUCAAAAGACGCAAAAAGGAAUGGUAUUAAUUAUCCCUCUGCUAAUGAGGACCAGGGAGUGGUUCACUCCAGCCCCGUCCGGUAGAAAUCUGAUUCCAACCACCACCCACGCAGAACAAGUCUUUCGCCUUCCACCUCCUCAGCCACUCUGGACUACAGCCCCCAGAAGGCAUCGGAGCUGAACCAUCCGACUUGCGCAGCGGCGUUCGUUGUAAAGUGCUAUGACAACAGGGCGAAGAUGGCUUGGAGUUAGGCAGGCGUGGGGAGGUGUCCCUUCCGCCGUUGGUGUCCUUUAUCUUCUACAUCCCGCUGACUGCCUCCCUCACCAUUUCCUCCUCUUUGUGAGAAGCGGGACUUGCCGUUGUUCUGGCCUGCCUGGACUCUUCCAAGAGAUUGAUGCCGUUUUCCCCGCUUGUCUCUGGGCUUGACACAGAAAGGAUGCAGGUUUACUCCUCGUGGGUGUCACUCCAACUCUGUGGAGGUGGUGGUGCUGCCUGGUGAGGCUCUUUCUCUCUGCCUGGGACGUGGAACAGGUUGGAGCGGGGAAACGACAGGGAAUAGUGAAGCGAGGGGUUGCUUUUCUCUGCACCCUCCAUUGGUCUCGUCGUUCCAGCCCUGGGACCCUGGCGGGCAUUCUUAAAGGGAGAUCUGCGGAGAGUUGCCGGAACGGUGGAGCAGGACCCACCUGAUUCGGCAUCAGUGAACGAAAAUGUCUUUAUUUAAAGCCCGGGAUUGGUGGUCUACUGUUCUGGGAGAAAAAGAAGAAUUUGAUCAAGGCUGUUUGUGUUUGGCUGAUGUUGACAAUACUGGAAAUGGACAAGAUAAAAUAAUUGUGGGUAGCUUUAUGGGAUACCUAAGAAUCUUUAACCCCCAUCCUGUAAAAACAGGAGAUGGCGCUCAAGCUGAAGAUAUGCUUCUAGAAGUGCAUCUACGAGAUCCAAUACUACAAGUGGAAGUAGGAAAGUUUGUUUCAGGUACUGAAAUGCUUCAUUUGGCUGUGUUGCAUUCUAGAAAACUUUGUGUCUACUCUGUCUCAGGAACCUUGGGUAAUGUGGAACAUGGGAACCAAUAUCAGAUCAAAUUAAUGUAUGAACAUAAUCUUCAGAGAACAGCCUGCAAUAUGACUUAUGGAUCAUUUGGUGGUGUAAAAGGUCGAGAUUUAAUUUGUAUCCAGUCUAUGGACGGGAUGCUGAUGGUGUUUGAACAGGAAAGCUAUGCUUUUGGGAGAUUUCUCCCUGGUUCUCUUUUACCUGGCCCUCUUGCUUACAGUUCUCGUACUGAUUCCUUCAUUACUGUCUCUUCCUGUCGACAAGUGGAAAGUUACAAGUACCAUGUGCUUGCUUUUGCAACGGAUGCAGAUAAAAGACAGGAGACUGAACAACAAAAACUUGGUUCUGGAAAAAGACUUGUUGUGGAUUGGACUCUAAAUAUUGGAGAGCAAGCCCUUGAUAUAUGUAUUGUCUCUUUCAAUCAGUCAGCAUCUUCUGUUUUUGUUCUUGGUGAGAGAAACUUUUUUUGCCUUAAGGAUAACGGACAGAUUCGAUUCAUGAAGAAACUUGAUUGUAGCCCAAGUUGUUUUCUCCCAUAUUGCUCAGUUUCUGAAGGAACAAUAAAUACUUUGAUUGGAAACCAUAAUCACAUGUUACAUAUUUAUCAGGAUGUGACACUGAAGUGGGCCACUCAGCUUCCCCACAUUCCUGUAGCAGUAAGAGUGGGCUGUUUACAUGAUUUAAAGGGAGUGAUAGUCACUCUGAGUGAUGAUGGUCACUUGCAGUGUUCAUACCUGGGGACAGACCCUUCUUUUUUCCAAGCUCCAAAAGUUGAAUCUAGAGAACUACACUAUGAAGAACUUGAUAUAGAAUUGAAAGAACUUCAGAAAAUCAUCAAAGAUGUUAAUAAAUCGCAAGGUAUCUGGCCCAUGACUGAGAGAGAAGAUGACUUGAAAGUUUCUGCCAUGGUUUCUCCUAAAUUUGAUUCAGUGUCUCAAGCUGCUGAUGUUGAAGUGGGAACUGACCUUGUCCCUUCAGUCACAGUGAAGGUCACAUUGCAGAAUCGACUGGCUUUGCAAAAAGCCAAAUUAUCAGUUUAUGUGCAACCACCUUUAGUAUUGACUUGUGAUCAGUUCACCUUUGAAUUUAUGGCGCCAGAGAUGAGCAGAACAGUAGCCUUUUCUGUUUAUCUGAAAGGGAGUUAUACACCGUCUGAAUUGGAAGGAAAUGCUGUUGUUUCUUAUUCCAGACCAUCAGGCAUUCCUCGGGUUAUCCAAUGUAAAUUUAGACUUCCCCUGAAACUAAUCUGUCUCCCAGGACAGCCUUCAAAAACUGCAAGCCACAAACUAACUAUUGAUACCAACAAAUCUCCAGUCAGUCUUCUCAGUCUCUUUCCAGGCUUUGCCAAUCAGUCAGAAGACGAUCAGGUGAAUGUAAUGGGUUUUCGCUUCUUAGGAGGUUCCCGAGUUACUCUUCUUGCUUCUAAAACCUCUCAACGAUACCGCAUUCAGAGUGAACAGUUUGAAGAUCUUUGGCUCAUAACAAAUGAACUUAUUAUCCGCCUUCAAGAAUAUUUUGAAAAACAGGGAAUCAAAGAUUUUGCAUGUUCUUUUUCUGGAAGUAUGCCCCUUCAAGAAUAUUUUGAGUUGAUUGAUCAUCAUUUUGAGUUGCGGAUAAAUGGUGAGAAAUUAGAAGAACUGUUAUCUGAAAGAGCUGUACAAUUUCGGGCCAUUCAACGCCGACUAUUAACAAGGUUCAAAGAUAAAACACCUGCCCCCCUCCAACACCUGGACACCUUGCUAGAUGGAACUUAUAAGCAGGUAAUCGCUCUCGCAGAUGCAGUAGAGGAAAACCAAGACAGUCUGUUCCAGUCAUUCACCAGGCUGAAAAGUGCCACCCAUUUGGUGAUUCUGCUGAUUGGGCUGUGGCAGAAGCUUAGUACCGACCAGAUCGCUAUUCUGGAAGCAGCAUUUCUGCCACUGCAGCAGGACACCCAGGAAUUGGGCUGGGAAGAAACAGUGGAUGCUGCCAUUUCCCACCUCUUGAAGACUUGCCUCUCAAAGAGUUCAAAGGAGCAGGCUUUGAACCUCAGCAGCCAGCUGAACAUACCCAAAGACACAAGCCGACUAAAGAAACAUAUCACCUUGCUCUGUGAUAGAUUAGCCAAAGGUGGACGGCUCUGCUUAAGUACGGAUGCGGCAGCCCCACAGACCAUGGUCAUGCCAGUAGGUGGCUGUACUACCAUCCCAGAAUCAGACUUAGAAGAAAGAUCAAUAGAGCAAGACUCCACUGAACUGUUUACCAACCACAAGCACCUCAUUGUAGAGACGCCCUUGCCUGAAGUUUCACCCCUCCAAGGAGUCUCGGAAUAGUUCAAGUAGAGUUGUCUGGUUGAGGGGAAGAUGGCUUUCCCAAGGCUGAUCCUGUGUGGACCUCAGGCCAAGCACAAAUGUAGGGCUGGCCCGGUGCUUCAUCCAUCUCACCUGCUUGGAGAUGAUAUGUAGACUGGGGAUUGGGAUUUUUUUCUUAUUGUGCUAGGAGGAUUUGUAAUACCCAGGGCAAGUCAGUUGAAACCUAGGUGGGAAAAAUAUUGCUGCUUUUUGGUCAUCUGUAUGCUUGCAGCCAUCGGAUAUAGUGAGAGGACAUCUUUUGGGGACAGACUUUAUAAUGCAGAGGCCUAGAUCCAAAGUAAUUUGAUACCCCAUUCUUUUCACAGAAUUCUUAUAUAGUAAAUGUAUCAAAUUUAAUAAAGCAUCUCAUUGUCCAACAAUAUCUUGGAUUUGAUUUAUAACUAGAGGGUUAUAUAGAUGGUUUCUCCACGUUAUUUCUUCAAAGGAAAGAAACGGAAAGGAACUGAAAACUUUGCUACUCCACGCCCGGAGACGCAGCAGAAGAUAAAAUAUUAUUAAUUGUCAUGCAUGGAAGUGGACAACUUUUAACCUUUGGAUGAGAAUAACCAUUAGGUUAACGUCACCCAGCCUGUGGGGACCAGUAGAAGAUGUCAUGGCUCCGCAUGUGACUAUACUUACAAAAACGCUACACUUCUGGUCAUCUUUAACAGCUUCAUUCAAGAAAGGUUACAAGACAAGUAUAUUACUUCUUUAAAAUGUGUUUCUGUGUUAUGUCUCUCUCUUUUUCUCUCUUUUUUCUUUUCUUUUGUAUGUUUGUUUUCUGUGGUUGUUUUUGUGCUAUGCAUAUGUGCUAGUGCUAAUCUCUGUUCUAUUUUUUCUUUUUUUUGAGAGUCAUACCUUGUUUGUACGUGUCCUUCUGCCUUCAACUCUUUCUUUUUCUUUUGUGUUUCUACAUUCAUGUGCCUUGAUCAGUUUUUCUCUCCCUUCACUUACUCCCCCAAUUCUUUCCCUUCCCCUUUUGAUUCUUUCCCUUUAUUUCCUGUGAUACAAAACCGAAGCAUAUUGUUUCAUUAAAGGGUUACUUUAAACAUA